AUGGGAUCAGGGAAAGAAACAGAUAUUGAGCUGGCUGUGAAGAAAAUUGUGAAAGUUGUGCAAGAUCCUAUAUCACGUUUCAGAUUAUUUGACAGUCUUGGUCGGCUUGUGUUGCUGUGUAGCCUGUGCUGUGUAUAUUCAAGGCAGAAAGGCGAGCUGGAGAAGACAAAGAGCCUGCUAGUUUCUCUCGGGCAGCUGGUAAAAACUGUUGGGAAAUCUGUUUUAGAGGAGGCGUUCCCAUAUAAACAAGGUCUUAUAUUGUGCAAGCAAAACAACAACAAACUAGCUGAUGAAACCAGCAUCUGUGUGGGUGAUUUUGUCCGGCUGAUUACACUGUCCAGUGAGCUGACUCUUGAGAUUGGGUCAGUGCAGCACAGAGAAUGGCAAUGGCUGGAUACAUUUUUACAGUGCAACAGGUUAAUUAAAAAAGAUCAGUAUGUCUCGGCCAUGAAGAAGCUAGAGCUGGAACUUUCACAGCCAUUAGAUCCUGAAGCAAAGGCAGUAUUGUUGUGCCAGUUUGCUACAUGCUAUCAGAAACAGGGCUGCCCACAAUUGGCCAUACAGACUUACAAGGAUGCUUUGCAUGUUUAUAAAGAACACCAUCCUGUCUUAUUGCAUCUAGCAGACAUCUAUGAUGUAGUGGGACAGCAGGAGUUAAAGCUGGAAAUUCUGAAUUUACUAGUGAAGAUGCUGUCAGCUAGAUCUGUCAGAAAUGAGAGACGUAUGUUUACAACAAACUUUGAAGCUAUUGUGAUGGCUGUGUUUCAAUUUAUGCCAAGGGUCACUCUUGUGUGUGCAGUCCAUAGCCUUGCCAGAUGCUGUGCUCAGAUUCAUAGAUACAAAGAAGCUGCAGAGCAUUAUCUCAAAUUGCUGGAUUUGCUAAAAAAUAUUGAGAAUUUUACAUUGGAAUCAAAUUCUGAUGAGCCACUGCUAAACACUGAUGUGAGGGAACUUGUUGUGGAAACUGUUGAAACACUAGCUCUUGCCCAGCGUCACAGCGAAUGUCUGUCGCUAUGUGAUGAGUUUUAUCCCAUCUUAUCCACUGAUGGCAUGCUGCCUCACUUAUCACAGCACAAGGAGUCAGAGACUAACAAAGAAGACGGUGCUCAUUCCCAACACAGCCUCUUUAGCCUUUCCCAACAUUCUCAGUCUCCUGAUGAAAUAAUAAAUUGUUCA